CUUACUUCAAUGGCUUCCGCGGAUACAAAAGAUGCAAAUGGAGAAGACAAGCUAGCUUACUCCCUUCGCAGAGAGAGUGGUUUGGCAUCCUCGUACCUCUACCUAUUUCAAGAAUUCUGGUGCCCAGGUAUUGCUAUAGAAGGUGUAAAAGGUUUUCAAAAGUACUUUCAAGCAAAAGAUAAUGAUGUUGUUGUUGCAAGCUUUCCAAAAACUGGUACUACUUGGUUGAUAGCCCUUACUUUUGCCAUUGUGAACCGCCAAUACUUCUCUACAGAGAAUCAUCCGUUACUUACUUCCAAUCCUCAUACACUUGUGCCUUGCCUUGAGUUUAAGAUCUUCUGUGAUGACAUCCAUGACCCAGUUCUUCACCUAUCCAAUAUGCUUGAGCCAAGACUUUUUAGUACUCACACUCCUUUCACUGCAUUACCUAAAUCAAUCACUGAGUCCAAUGCUAAGAUAGUAUACAUUUGUAGGAACCCUUUUGACACUUUUAUUUCUGCAUGGACUUACUUUAACAAAAUUAGGUCAAUGUCUUUACCAGCAUUAGAACUGGAGGAAGCUUUUGAAAUGUAUUGUAAUGGAAUUGUUUCCUUUGGUCCUUGGUGGAGUCAUAUGUUAGGGUAUUGGAAAGAGAGCAUGGCCAGACCAAACAAAGUAUUGUUCUUAAAGUACGAGGAUCUCAAAGAGAAUGUCAAUUUUUACGUGAAAAACAUUGCAGAGUUUUUGGGAUGUCCUUUUACUGCUGAGGAAGAACGUGUUGGAGAGAUUGAAAGCAUAAUCAAGCUAUGUAGCUUUGAGAAAAUGAAAGAGUUGGAAGUAAAUAUUUCUGGAAAGUUAGACAAAUUCAUUGACAAUAAGUUCUUUUUUCGAAAGGGUGAAAUAGGUGAUUGGGUAAAUUACUUUUCUCCUUCUAUGGUAAACAAAUUGUCCAAAAUUAUCGAAGAAAAAUUGUGUGGAUCAGGUCUGUCGUUUAAGAUCUGUUCUUAAAACUCCCAAGAGCAAAACACAUAUGUUGCUGUGUCUUUGGUACAAUGUUGUGGUCACUUUUUUCUUUUGCUGAAAAAAGAGGUGUCAGUCAUUAUGUAAUGAAAUGUGUCUACCUUCCUGUAACCAUUCCAUCUCAGUUGAAUGGAAAAUCUAUCUUAAUAUUGAUUUAAUUUUUUCUGUCAGGAAAUCUUU